AUGGAUAAGAUUCACAGUUGUGAAAUGAUUCAAAAUCAAUUGACUCCACGUAUAUAUCUCUAUGUAAUUCUGGAAUUGUAUUUCAUCUAUAUGACCAAGUCUGCAAUACCAGAUUUAGUUAUUAUAUCUGUUAUAUGUACAAUUCAUUACAAAAUUACUUUUCAUUCUUUAAUGUACUAUUGGUUCAAUAUAUUAAACAAGCUGAAGCUUGCCUUGAAAGAUUUUAAUAAGGAGCUAUUUUCAAAUCUACCUAGGAGAGUAACUCAAGUUCGAUCUGAUCUAGAGCAUGCUCAGGAGGAGGCUCGGUUAAUACAGGAAUUUUGCAAGUUGAAUAGGGCUGAGGAAAAUUUUUUAAGACAAAAAGCUCGUGUUAAGUGGCUGAAUUUAGGAGACCAAAAUAUUGCUAUCUUCUUCAAGGCUAUGAAAAGUCACUAUCGCAAGAAUAAGGUGGUCUCCAUUUGUAGAGAUGAUGUUACUAAAGUAGAGGAGCCGCAUGAGCCCAAUGGUGAGAGUCUGGAUAUGGACUUGCUUCAAAGAGCUUUUCCUCAAAGUAUCUCAACGGUGCAAAAUGAAACAUUUAAUAGUGAUGUGUCAUAUGAGGAGAUUAAAGAGGUUUUGUUCUUUUUGAAAGAUAACAAAGCUCCGGGACUAGAUGGCUUUAAUGCAGGCUUCUUCAAGAGGACUUGGAGUAUUCUAUUGAAGCAAGUUAAUGCUACUACCAUUGCUUUGGUCCCUAAGGUCCCAAAUCCUUCUCAGCUUAUUUCCAAUAGAGUCAAGAUGGUACUUUCAGACAUUGUUGGAUCUCAACAAAUUGCUUUUGUUAAAGGAAGACAUAUUAGCGAUAAUAUCUUUCUUUCCCAAGAGGUGCUUCGAUUUUCGGAGAAGGUUGUUAUGUGGAUUUCUAAAUGUAUCACUAACACUCGAUCUUCGAUUUCCAUUAAUGGCGAGUUGCAGGGGUUUUUUUUUGCUGGUGGAAGAGGUUUGAGACAAGUAGAUCCUUUGUCACCGUGUUUAUUUGUCUUGGCAAUGGAGGUUUUUUCAGGGUUAAUGGGGUUGAUGGCUAUUGAGCAAGAUUUUAAGUACCACUGGAGGUGUGAGAAGGAGGAGAUCACCCACUCGUGUUUUGCUGAUGAUCUUAUGGUCUUUUGUAGAGAUGAGGUUGGUUCUAUAUCUCUUAUUGGGGAAUACGUCGAUCAAUUAAAAGCUCUUUUCCUAACCCGGAUAAGAGUAAUCUAUUUACUGGUGGUUUCUCAUCAUAUCUCAAGGACUAGUUACUUAAUAUUUUGGGAUAUAAGGAUGGCUUCGGAUUGUAAGGUGUUGGGGGAUCGUAUAAUAGCCAAUGCUAAGAGUUGGACUUGUCGCACACUCUUCUAUGCGGGCUAUGAUCAAGUAAGUGGAAGCUACUCUAUGCGCCUUCUAAUGGAAGGGUUGUGA